UUCAAAUCUAUCUUCAAUUCUCUCUUAUAUUCUUACUCAUAUAGCCAUGGCUUUGAGUGGUUCCAAUGCCAUUGGUUUUGUUUGGCUGUGUGUUGUUUCAUUCUCCGUUGCCGUUUCGGGGCGUCCGGCGACUUUUCUUGACGAUUUCCGGAUCACCUGGUCGGACAACCAUGUCCGCCAACUCGAUGGUGGGAAGGGAAUUCAGCUUGUUCUUGACCAAAGUUCUGGAUGUGGAUUUGCUUCAAAACGCCAAUACUUGUUCGGAAAAGUUAGCAUGAAAAUCAAACUCGUCCCUGGUGACUCUGCCGGAACAGUCACUGCCUUCUACAUGAACUCGGACACAGACACAAUACGCGACGAAUUAGACUUCGAGUUCUUGGGAAAUAGGAGUGGUCAGCCCUACACAGUUCAAACCAACAUCUAUGCUCAUGGAAAGGGCGACAGAGAGCAAAGAGUCAACCUCUGGUUCGAUCCUGCUGCCGACUUUCACACCUAUUCAAUCUUUUGGAGCCAUAAGUUAAUAAUAUUCGCGGUGGACGAGAUCCCGAUAAGGGUUUACAGGAACCACGAAGAGAAAGGGAUCCCAUAUCCAAAGCAACAGCCGAUGGGAGUGUAUUCGACGCUAUGGGAAGCCGAUGACUGGGCGACGAGAGGUGGGUUGGAGAAGAUUGAUUGGAAGAGAGCCCCAUUCUACGCUUAUUACAAGGAUUUUGACAUCGAGGGGUGCCCAGUGCCGGGGCCGGCGGCGUGCCCUUCGAACCCCAGCAACUGGUGGGAAGGGGCAGCGUACCAAGCCCUCACUCCUGUGCAAGCAAGAAAUUACAGAUGGGUUCGUGUCAACCACAUGAUUUAUGACUAUUGCACUGACAAGUUCCGCUACCCCGUCACCCCGCCGGAGUGCGUCGCCGGAAUAUGAUCAAAGUUUUAAUUGUUUGCCUUGUCACCUCUAUAUAUUAUAUGUAUGUGUAUGCUUUUUCCUGAUUCUGUUUUUACAUUAUUUGCUUUAUGGUUAAUUAAUAAAAGAAGUUUCUUUGUGUUUUCUUUUUC